AUGGCACCCGAUAUUGCAAUCGUGGGCGGUGGCCCUUGUGGCCUUGCUCUUGCCGCCAUGUUCGAGCAGCAAGGCAUCGACUACGUUGUCUAUGAACGCAGUGCACAGGAUACUCCCCCUCGAGGCGGAUGCUUAGACAUUCAUCGCAGUAGCGGCCAAAUCGUUCUCAAAGAAGGAGGGUGCUUUGAAGAAUUCAAGAAGUAUGCGCGAGGAGGUUACGCCACAGUUCACUCGUUGUUUGAUCAUAAAGGCAACAAGGUCGUUACGUUCGGCGAAGGACGCGACUCGCCUGAGAUUGAUCGCACGCAGUUACGCCAAGUCAUGCUUUCCUCAAUCCCAAAGGAGAAUGUCCGCUGGUCAACUCCAGUCAAAAGCUCUUUUCGCAAUGAAAACGGCGAUGUUGUUCUCGAGUUUGAGGAUGGCACUACGGCCUCAGGGUUCAAACUUGUUGUCGGGGCGGACGGAAUGCGCAGCAAGAUCCGACACCUGGUGACAGAAGCAGAACCCAAAUACUGUGGUAUUCUAUUCCUCACGUUAUUUAUUCGACCCUCUAAUCCCUAUCACCUCACCCUCGAGCAGCGUGCAGGCCAGGGACCCAUGAUCUUCUGUGGAAGAGGCAAGAAGAUCUGGAUCCAACGACAAGGUGAUGGCCACUACCGAAUGGACUUUGGAUGGAAGGGACCUGCAGACUUCCCAUCUGAGGGUGAGCUUGACCUAGCGGACGAAGAUUCCGUCAAGAACUUCCUUCUUCGGGAGGAAUACUUCGGGGGCUUUACGGAAGUUGUCCACGAGAUCAUUCGAAAUUCCACUGGACCCUUCCGGACUUGGCCUUUGUAUUACUUCCCGGUCGAGCACCUGAAUUGGCAAACAUCACCGGGGGUGACUUUGGUUGGAGAUGCGGGGCAUGUCACCACACCAUUUGUCGGAGAUGGAGUCAACUGUGGCAUGCGCAAUGCGUUGGUUUUGGCUCAUAAGAUCCAGGAUCUGGGUAUUACCCAAGAAGCUGUUAUCGCAUAUGAGCAAGAGAUGUUUCCCUAUGCCCAGGAUGUGAUUACUCGGAGUGUGGCUAGUGGGGAGUUGUUCCUUGCAUGGGACAGUCCCAAGGGUCUUCUGGAAAAUAUGACGUCUCCCAAUCGCCUCAUCCGGGAUGAGGGGGACUAUUAA